AUGUUUUUGAAUCGGCGCAGAGAACACGCGGCAUCAUCUGAGUUGGCGGCACUCAUGUCGUCGCCCAACCAGCCGCUGGCCCUGCGCCUCAGGGGGCGGCCCCACGGCGAGGACGCCGGGAGCGGAGGGGCGCAGCGCGUGAGCCAAGCGCCAGAGCUCUCUUACUUGCCCAGGCCGAAGACGGGCAUGAGGGUGCAGGAAGAACGGAUGGAAGGAAGGCAGGAAGGAAGGAAGGAAAGAAAGAGGAGGAGGAGGAGAGGAGGAGGGGAGGAGGAGGAGGGGCAGCAGCAGGGCGACUCUUGGAGAUCGCCGGCGAUGCACGGCGCGGCGCGAGCGCCGAGCUCUAGCGCUCUCUCACUUGCCCGGGCCGAAGACGGGCAUGAGAGUGUAGGUCUGGCACUCGAUCUGCGACACGCCCUCGAUCGCCAUGAGGCUCUCGACUACGGCCGCCUCUGGGUAGAACUCGACCGCCGCCCAGUCGUCGAAGCCGUCCAGGCCCAGCUUGCUGACGAUCUUGAAGUCCUUGCAGUCUCCGCACACUAUCCGCUGGACGCUCAGCAGGCCGUGCACUUGUCUCAGCGCGGGGACCACCACGUCGUCGAGCACCUUCUGGCACUCCUGCAGGGACUUCUUGCCGUCCUGGUCGCUCCACUUGCACCGCCACUCGCGUGCGACCUGGUUGUAGGCUAUGUUGUCUGCGAUGUACUCUGAGUUGUGGGCUGUGCUCUUCCAUUCCGCUUCCUGCGUGGCCGCCAUCCACCACACGCCACGCCCCUCACCUGCGCC